AAAGAUCAAUCAUGGUUUCAAACCGUUACGGCCGCAAUCUGAUUUGAUGUGCAUCGGGAACGCCCUGAUUCUAAUCAUUACGGAGCAUCAGUUUUGCACAGACGCUGGCCUUUGAAACCACCAAGUAACGCGGAAUCGGAAAGACUAGGCUUUGUAUAGUCUUCCUGAGCGGAAGAACGGACGGGAGGGGUUUCAAGUUCUUCUGCGAUUGUUGCCUGGAUAUCAUUCCUGAACUUGCACCAUCAUUAGAAUUAUUACAGGCCAUGUGGUCGGACUUCAAAUGCACAAGAAUCCUUCACAUACGAUGACCGUCACAGCCGUUAAUUUUGGUUUUCAUCUCCCGUUCCACAUAGUAACCCCGUUUCAUCAUUGUUUUUGACCCACGUACCGCUCUACUAGGUUCGCGAACAGAUGCGCGGCUGUACAGAUCAUACUAGAUACAAAGCUCAAGUUACUACCAUCUUGCGGACUAAAUCCCUGGACUGAUGAGAAGUGGGGACGUUUCAUCAUCCACGAUGGUUGCGAACUGCCUACAACCGAAUGAAAUUUCGGCUGACCAAGACUAGGCUAUGGCAUUGCUUCUUGAAUGAUACAAGUUUUUUCUGUGCGAAUCUGUCAGACGGGUAGAUCAGUACGCGCAUCAACUUUUCCCCACUGUCGGCUUCAUCUCGUCACCCGAAUGCUACGGCUGAAUUUAUAUAUAUAAGAACAUGUCGACCGAGUACGGGACCUUCUACAACACUGAUUAUCGAUCCGUUACCAAUUCAAAGUCGUGCCCUUUCACUCGGAAUUCUUCUGGCAAAAUCAAUGAAUUUAGAGCUCCUUCCAAAGACCAAGUUCGUUCCGUUUGCCCAGCUCUGAAUACCAUGGCAAAUCACGGUUACAUUCCUCGGGAUGGACGCCGCCUUACAUUCAAGUCAAUUUUCUCGGGGCUGAAGACUUGUUACGGUCUGUCCACUCCUCUCGCCUUAGUGCUCACCCUCGGAGGUUACCUCCUGGUCAGGCGACUGCCUAUACAAUUACCAUUCGGCUUGGAUAAAAUAUUUCGAGUCCGUAACCCCGAUGGCUCAACAAGUUCUCCAGGUGAACUCGAUCUACAUCACAUCGGGCUUCACAAUGGCGUAGAACACGACGCAAGUCUUGUGCACGAGGACGCUCGAAAGGGAGAACUUUAUCCUCCGAUCCGAAUUAAUGAUGAAUGGGUGAAAAACAUAGUCGGAGACAUUUCUCCCAAAGUAAAAGGUUACUCUGAUGGUCAGCGUACGCCUUCAUUCGGGGAAGGUGGUAGUGACUCGGAGGACGGCCUUACCACGCUCUCUCCGUCCCAUGAUCCUAGUCGUUCCUCGUCGAGAUCGUCCAUGACAAUUGCAUCGGGCGUUUCUUUGGGUUGGCAGAGAUUUACUUCAGAAGAAUAUCGCAAUACACUGGUCUCGGCUGCUGAUGUUGGCCGGAUGCGAGCUAGACGGCAGCGGGAGAUUGCUCCGAAGAAAAUGGACAGUUUUCAUGCAGAACUCGCUAGAGGAGAGAUGGCGAUUAUCUUGGGUGUCUGGGAGGAAACCGAUGGCACGACGAAGAAAAAGGGUAUGCCGUUGCCCUAUCUCCUGACUUGGCUUGCAAAGGAGCGUCUACCCGAAGGCUGGGAACCAAAUCAUACACAAGGUCUUCUUGACGUUAUCAGAAAGAAUAAGGAGAUUCGGGCGGUCGCCGAAGCGAUAGAGAACGGUGACUCGUAGGUUUUCGGCAGCCAGUGUUUGACCUGUUAUAUCUCCAACGAGUCGUCGUGAUUUUUUAUUUAUGGAUAUUUAUUGGAAGGGUAUUAAUUACUUUUAUUAAGGAUCCACCGUACAUGAAGCUGGCAACAACAACUUAUACUUCUUGGUACCGUAUAUCAUGUAUGUGUAGGCUCAAAUACAAAUCAGC